UGAGACCAACAUCUCCAGACCGCGGGUUUAGUGGUGCCUCCAAGGAGUCGCGCGGCAGACCCUGGCUGCUCCAGCUAGACAACAUCGAGGAUCCGCCCGGAGUGUCAUAUACCGCUUCAGCUGCACCCUAAGCUGUCCCGGGUUGCGUUGACUGCUCUGGGGACUUUUAAUCUGGAGAAACAGAAGUUCCACGGGACACUAGAAUGUCCCACAACAGAACCCUCCGUGGUGACAUCAGACGGAGCCUAUUUGGGUGGGUCCCCAGUCGACACCACUCUUAAAGGCUGCUCAAUCGGGAAAAGUGGCUUCAGGAGUUCGGAAACCAGGAGAGAAGAAGGCGUGUCUAGACUUUAGAAAGAACUAAUGGAUGGCAGGGAGGGGACGACACGGGGAUCGAGAUUAGGUGUCUCGGAACAGAAGUAGCUGCGAGGCUGAUGAAGUGCCAUAGCAGGCUUGUUUGGAUGGAGAGUUGCCUAGGCAAGCGGAGCACUUGAGAACCUCUCCUUCCCCCUCUCCAGCGUGCUCUCCAGCGAUGAGGUCACAGCCCCUUGGAGCCCUCCUCCUCCCUCCCUGACCCUCCCGCACCCGGGUCUUUUCCAGCGCCAGACGCAAGGCACUGAGAAUGUGGCCACAGGGCGCAACGAUGAAGUAGCAUAGGAGGUCCCUUGGAAAAUGAGGCCAGGGUCCCUGCUGCUGCUCACUCUGCUGCUCGCUCUGCCCAGGAGCCUGCGAGGCAGAGGGUGUGAGUCUCCACCCUGCGAGUGCCACCAGGAAGACGACUUCAGAGUCACCUGCAAGGAACUCCACCGAAUCCCCAGCCUACCGGCCAGCACCCAGACUCUGAAGCUCAUCGAGACUCACCUGAAGACCAUCCCCAGUCUUGCCUUUUCAAGUCUGCCCAAUAUUUCCAGGAUCUAUUUAUCAAUAGAUGCAACUCUGCAGCGGCUGGAACCACAUUCUUUCUACAAUUUGAGUAAAAUGACUCACAUAGAAAUCCGGAACACCAGAAGCUUAACCUACAUAGACCCUGACGCCUUGACAGAACUGCCCUUACUCAAGUUUCUUGGCAUUUUCAAUACUGGACUUAGAAUAUUCCCUGACUUGACCAAAAUUUAUUCCACGGAUGUAUUCUUUAUACUGGAAAUCACAGACAACCCUUACAUGACUUCAGUCCCUGAAAACGCAUUCCAGGGACUGUGCAAUGAAACCUUGACCCUGAAACUGUACAACAAUGGAUUUACUUCAAUCCAAGGACAUGCUUUCAAUGGAACAAAGCUGGAUGCUGUUUACCUAAACAAGAAUAAAUAUCUGACAGCUAUAGACAAAGAUGCCUUUGGAGGAGUAUACAGUGGGCCAACUUUGCUAGAUGUGUCUUCCACCAGCGUCACUGCCCUUCCUUCCAAAGGUCUGGAGCACCUCAAAGAACUCAUCGCGAAAAACACCUGGACUCUCAAAAAGCUCCCGCUGUCCCUGAGUUUCCUCCACCUCACUCGGGCUGACCUCUCUUACCCAAGCCACUGCUGUGCUUUUAAGAACCAGAAGAAAAUCAGGGGAAUCCUAGAGUCUUUGAUGUGCAAUGAGAGCAGUAUCCGGAACCUACGUCAAAGGAAAUCUGUGAAUGCCUUGAGGGGUCCCAUCUACCAGGAAUAUGAAGAAGAUCUGGGUGACAACAGUGUUGGGUACAAACAAAACUCCAAGUCCCAGGAGAGCCCGAGCAACUCUCACUACUACGUCUUCUUUGAGGAACAAGAGGAUGAGAUCAUCGGUUUCGGCCAAGAGCUCAAAAAUCCUCAGGAAGAGACUCUCCAAGCCUUUGACAGCCACUAUGACUACACUGUGUGUGGGGACAAUGAGGACAUGGUGUGUACCCCCAAGUCGGACGAGUUUAACCCCUGUGAAGAUAUCAUGGGCUACAAGUUCCUGAGAAUCGUGGUGUGGUUUGUCAGUCUGCUGGCUCUCCUGGGCAAUAUCUUUGUCCUGUUCAUCCUGCUUACCAGCCACUACAAAUUGACUGUGCCACGCUUCCUUAUGUGCAACUUGGCCUUUGCAGAUUUCUGCAUGGGGGUAUACCUGCUUCUCAUUGCCUCUGUAGACCUGUACACACACUCUGAGUACUACAACCACGCCAUCGACUGGCAGACAGGCCCUGGGUGCAUCACAGCUGGUUUUUUCACUGUUUUUGCUAGUGAGUUAUCAGUGUACACACUCACGGUCAUCACCCUGGAGCGAUGGUACGCCAUCACCUUCGCCAUGCGCCUGGAUAGGAAGAUCCGCCUCAGGCACGCAUACACCAUUAUGGCUGGGGGCUGGGUUUCCUGCUUCCUUCUCGCCCUGCUUCCGAUGGUGGGAAUAAGCAGCUAUGCCAAGGUCAGCAUCUGCCUGCCAAUGGACACCGACACCCCUCUUGCUCUGGCGUACAUCGUCCUCGUUCUGCUGCUCAACGUUGUUGCCUUUGUUAUUGUCUGUUCCUGCUAUGUGAAGAUCUACAUUACGGUCCGGAAUCCCCAGUACAACCCUCGAGAUAAAGACACCAAGAUUGCCAAGAGGAUGGCCGUGUUGAUCUUCACCGACUUCAUGUGCAUGGCGCCGAUCUCCUUCUAUGCGCUGUCGGCCCUGAUGAACAAGCCUCUCAUCACCGUUACUAACUCCAAAAUCUUGUUGGUUCUCUUCUACCCGCUCAACUCCUGUGCCAAUCCUUUUCUCUAUGCCAUUUUCACCAAGGCCUUCCAGAGGGAUGUGUUCAUCCUGCUCAGCAAGUUUGGCAUCUGCAAACGCCAGGCCCAGGCCUAUCAAGGUCAGAGAGUCUGUCCCAACAAUAGCACUGGUAUUCAAAUCCAAAAGAUUCCCCAGAACACGAGGCAGAGUCUCCCCAACAUGCAAGAUAGCUAUGAACUGCUUGGAAACUCCCACCUAACCCCAAAACUACAGGGACAAUUCUCAGAAGAGUAUCAGCAAACAGCCUUGUAAAGGAAGGCUACACUAUUCGCAGUGGGGCUGACAAAAGGCUGGUUUCUUGCACGCGCAUUCCAGUCCCAUGACUCAUGAACACAGAAGUUCAGGCAGGUGAUGAUCAGAUAGAUCAUGAUAGGGGGUCAGAGUUCACCUCUAGAAAGUACUGCCUCCAGGAAGAGAGAUAAGCGAUCCCUGUGUCUGAGUCCUAGGUGAUACGGCCCUAGGCUAUGCUCCCUGGGAGAUUUGCUUGAGGCUUGUCUACGAUGCUGUGCAACACGGUCAACAGAUAUCAACUGAACCAUUCCCACAUCUCCCUUCUCCAUUUUCUGUAGUGUUUUAUACUAAAGACUCAACAACUGGCCCGUGUUCAUUUACUUAAGCAGCUCCGUAUUAGCUCCCCCGAAAGAACUAAAGAAAGUUUUUUUCCUUAAAAAUAAAAUGCAGGAUAAAAUCUGGACUGUAAAAAAAAAAAAAAAAGGAUUAAAUAUAAAUAAAUAAACAAACACAUAAAUAAAUAAAUUGCCACACUUGGGAAGUGGAGACAAGGGGUUCCAGUUCAUACUUAAUUAACUACAUGGAGAACCAACCUGUACAAGCUAACCUGUGCUACAAGAAACUCCACCUCAAGUACCAAAAGAACCCUGGAAAGCCAAACACAACUAGAUGUCACAUAACUGCUUUAAUUAAACUGAAGAAAAACAAAGUCUAGUUUGGGGAGUUUUUUUUUAUUCUUCUUCUUCCUUAGACUCUGAAACAAUUAUCUCUUCACCAGGAUCUGCCUGCCUUGCAAGAUCCAGCCGUUACACACUGGCUGGAGAAACUGCUAAGAUUUCAGCUUUUGUGGCUGAGCAAGAAUUACCUUCUACAAGACAUGAGCUCCGGGAAAGAUGUCUAAGGACCACGUGGGAAUGAGGACAGGGCACACUUGGUCACCUGUUGAAUAAGACAACUAUACACCAGUUAACUGUCGGGCUUUGAGCAAGUCCCCGGACCUCUAAAUUCUGUAGAAAUGGAGGGAUUUGAUGUCUUCUUCCAUUUAAAAACUAAGCCCUAGGUAUAUCUCGCUCUCAAAAUAUAUGUGUUCAUGACAAAGAAAAAAACACUACUUAAGUAGACUCUUUUUUUUUUUUCCUACCUUGUGAAGCUGCUGUCUACUUCUUUUUGGAACCAAGACACUUUUUCUUUAUUUCAUUUUGAUCAUCGUGUCUGAACCAAAAAUAUUAUUGUGUGAGCAUGGUAGUGCACACCUUUAAUCCCAGCACUGGGGAGGCAGAGACAGGCGGAUUUCUGAAUUUGAGGCCAGCCUGGUCCAAGACAGCCAGGUCUACACAGAGAAACACUGUUUCAAAGAAUACAGGACAAAAUAGACUAAUAAUAUGUGACUACAUAGGCUCACUUCAAAACAUUUAACUUGUCCUCACAGAUUCAUUUUUUUUUUAAGCUCCCUGGGGCUCACACCACACUAACACUGUCAAGACAGAAACCUUUUUUUACUGGACACUGCCAGUUCCUUCUAACCCUGCCAGUCACUGACAUAAAACAUGUGUGUCCCAAGAGUAGCCUUGCUUCAAACAGGAACUCCAUCUACAGGUGUGCCUUCUAGGUUGUCUCUCUGGUCGGCUCCUUACCGUAUGGUUACGGUGUACCCCCAAGCAGAUCUGGCAUUUGCUUCUCAGUGCUCAUGAACCAAAGCAGGAAAUAUAAGGGUUUUGACACUUUAGGUCUAUGAAGGAGGGUUCAUGGGUCACCUGACAUGGUUCCUAUGUGACUGGCCUGGUACUUUGUCAUGGUCCCAUGAGCACAGACUUUCCCCCGCAGUUCAUCCGUAACUCCUGAAAUCAAAUAAAUGUGUUACCCUGUGGCAUCUGUUUCUCUCUUAGGACAUUUUCAAAUGUCACCUCUGGACAGAUAAGGAGUUUCAUCUUGAGUAGCUGAUCUACUGCUUUGCAAACCAAGUCCUAGAAGAGUUACUUCAACAAAAUUGCUAUUAAACUUCAAAUUGACAGCAUGAAAUAAAGUUUCUUCCUAUAGUAAGCUA